AUGGCUCAGAACAAUGCAUACCAUAUCCUCUUUGCAUGCCUGAUGCUCCUGGCAUGCAGUCAAGCGGGAAGGCUGAAGAAAGCUUGCCCACACCUGAGAAAGAAUCUUCCUUCUGCCAUGAUCAACUGCCCAGAAGGAGCUAAUGCCUAUGGUUCCUACUGCUACUACUUUGUUGAAGAUCGUUUGAACCUGGGGAGAGGCAGAUGUAACUUUUUUUGCCAGAAUAUGAAUUCAGGGCACCUGGUGUCAGUGCUCAGCCAGGCCGAGGGCAACUUUGUGGCUUCUCUGAUUAAGGAGAGUGGUACUACAACUGCCUAUGUCUGGAAUGGACUCCAUGACCCCAAAAAAAUGUGAAACCGCCGUUGGCACUGGAGUAGUGGAUCUCUGUUUCUCUAUAAAUCAUGGGCCACUGGAGCUCCAAGCACGAGCAACCGCUGUUAUUGUGUGGCACUGACUUCCAAUGUAGCAUACAAGAAAUGGAAAGAUGAAAAUUGUGAUGCACAGUACUCCUUUGUCUGCAAGUUCAAAAGCUAA